AUGACCAUCAAAGUGGGCGUCGUGGGCUACGGCAACGCCGCCAAGUCGUUCCACAUCCCCUUUGUCCAAGCGGUGCCGGCCUACACCAUCACCGCCGUCCUCCAGCGCGCCGAAGCCCCCGUCGAGAAGACGCCCGGAUCCCACUGCACGGUCGACCUGCCCGGUGUGCGGCACCACCGCACGGCAGAGGCGUUCCUUGCCGACAGGGGCAUUGACCUGGUGGUCGUCGCAACGCGGAACGACACGCACAUUGAGUUUGCGGAGAAGGCGCUCCUGGCCGGGAAACAUGCCAUUGUCGACAAGCCCUUUGCACAGUCGUCUGCCGACGCUGACAGGGUGAUCAGGUUGGCGGAUGACAAGGGUCUCAUCCUGACGGUCUUUCAGAACCGCCGAUGGGACAGUGACGUUAGGACGCUGCAGUCUCUGCUCGCCAAGAAUGCCCUGGGCAAGAUCAUGGAGGCGGAGCUUCACUAUGACUUUGAAGCGGCACCGUGGCUCAAGCACAUGACGGCAAAGGAGUACACGCCCGGCGCCGGGCACGCAUUCGGUCUGGGCACGCACAGCAUUGACCAGGCAUACGUCCUCUUUGGGCGGCCCAAGUCUGUGACGGCCUUUUUCCGCAGUCAGCGGGGGAUCGACAGCGAGGUGGAGGACAGCUUCACAAUCAUCCUGCAGUAUGCGGACGAGAAGCUGGUGACGGUCAAGACGUGCGUCGUCUCGUGCAUGGAGCGGCAGCUGAAGCAGCUCAUCCGGGGCACGGAGGGAUCGUGGAUCAAGUGGCAGCAACGAAGCACAUGCACGCAGGAAGAGCAGAUUGCACAGGGCGUCAAGCCGCUCGAUCCAGCCUUUGGCAAGGAGGCGCCGGGUCUGGAGGGCACGCUGACGACGUACAAGGAGUUUGACGCGUCGUUCCAGACAUACAAGCCCGAGACGAACAAGUACAGUGGUCAGGCGCCCAGCGUGCCGGGCCACUGGGUCGGGCUGUACGAGAGCCUGGCGGAUGCGAUCCUGGGCAAGGGCGAGCUCAAGGUCAAGGCGAGCGAGGCGCGCGAUGUGUUGAGGAUCAUCGAGUUGGCGAGGGAGUCGCACGAGAGGGGGGUGACUGUUGCGUGGAAGUAA